AUGGAGGGUAUAGAAAAGAAAAGCAAAGUAGAAAGGCCUCAGGAGAUAGUUACAAAAAAACGGCGACAAGAAGAAGAGAAUCAAGCUGAAGACCCAAGACCUUAUGAAUCAGCUGAGCUAAUUAAAAACAUUAUGCACAUAGAGGGAAAAAAUCAGUUUGAUAGAGAAACAAUAAACCAAAUACCA